GCUUUGCAAGGCAGACUGACGAGUGGCAUAUCCCUCUUUUUUUCUUCACAGCAGCCGCCAAUUUCUAUUCCACUACUUCUCUACCUUCGCAGGUCCUCGAGUAAUCAGAGCUCUUUCUUUAUUCUUCCCAUUCAGCACACACUCGCAUUGCUCAUUAUCGUCUGGCAGCAUCAUGGAGGCACAGUUUGCGAUUGCAGGAAAGGACUUUGUCGUUUCGGUGACGGACAAGAAUGUGGUCCACUCUAUCGUUAAAAUGAAGCACACCCAAGACAAGACGUGGCAGCUGUUGCCGAUGACGCUGAUGUCAGUGUGCGGCGAGCCGGGCGACACAGACUCGUACGCAGAGUAUAUCCAGGGGAAUGCCAAACUGUACAGCGUGCGCAACGCGCGGGAUCUGUCAGUAGGCGAGACAGCGAACUUUAUCCGCGGCGAGUUGGCCAGGGCACUGCGCUCACGCAAUCCGUUCCAGGUCAACCUGCUGGUCGCUGGGUACGACAAGGAGAAGAAGGAAGCGGCGCUGUAUUGGAUCGACUACCUUGCGGCGAUGGCCAAGGUGCCAUAUGGCGCGCACGGCUAUUGCUCGUACUUUUUGUACUCGGUCAUGGACCGCGAAUACACCGAGGACAUCACGCUGGAGCAGGCGCUCGACAUUGUCAAGAAGUGCAUCGCAGUCAUCAAGACUCGCUUCAUGAUCGACCUGCCCGACUUUACGAUCAAGAUCAUUGACCAGAACGGCACCCGCGAGAUUGAGCAGAGUGAUCUCUAGGCAUUUUGUUAGCAAGUCACGGCCUCCUGCUUUCCAAUGAAUCCGUCAGAAUAACCCACCUGCCGUCCAUGAGCCGGUCCGGCUCAGUCCUGAGCUGGAAACACCUGUGUG